AUGAUUGUCAGAACAGCAGCGAACAUUGGCCCAUCGAGGGUUCUGUAUGGUGUCAGGACCAUCGCAUCAUCAUCAACAUCCUCCACUGUCGCAUCCUCUAGUUCAUCCCCAGCAGCCUCUACAUCACGUCAAUCAUCCCCACCUCGUCAAUCCAGUUCAUCAUCCCUAAAGUCACCAACAGCUCAAUCCCAAUCUCCACCCAAGACUCAUCAUUUUGUCAAGCUCGUCCGAUCGACAAUAGGUCUCCAACAGGUAUACAAAGAUACUGUCCGAUCACUGGGUCUCAAACGUCGUCAUUCCGUUGCUCUCGUUCCGUUCAACAAGGGCUUUGGGGGAAUGCUUAUAAAAGUCAAGGAAUUGAUAGAAGUUCGCAAUGUGACGAAACAGGAGGGAUUGGAUCUAUUACGGAGGACUAAAGAUAGGAGUGAAGGAGCUGGUGUGGUACCUACCGGGUUGGCCUUUGGAGGAAGUCGGUCAAAAUCGGUCGAGGGAGAGCCAUAG